UAGUAGCAUCCUCUCACUACUCAGAAGCAACCACUCAAAAUCACAAUGAAGCUCCUUCUUCACCUCUCUAUCUUCUUCACCAUACUCUUCAUCUCUCUCCCAUCUUCUCACAGCUCCUCCUCAAAUGACAAGAAUGCCCUCCUCCAAAUCAAGAAAGCCUUAAACAACCCUCCACUCCUCUCCUCCUGGAACCCCCAAACCGACUUCUGCACCACCUGGACCGGCGUCGAGUGCACCAACGGCCGCGUCACCGCUCUCACCAUCUCCUCCGGUGAAAUAUCCGGCCAGAUCCCGGCCCAGGUCGGCGACCUUCUUGAGCUCCGUACGCUUGAUUUCAGUUACCUGACUCACCUCACUGGGAACAUUCCACACACCAUCACCAAGCUCAAGUACCUGGACCUCCUCCGGUUAAAGCAGACCAAUCUCUCCGGUUAUAUUCCUGAUUUCAUCAGCGAGCUCAAGAGCGUUACGUUUUUAGACCUUUCGUUUAACCAGUUCACCGGUCCAAUUCCCGGUUCGCUUUCUCAGAUGCCGAAGCUAGAUGCCAUUCAGAUCAACGACAAUAAGUUAACCGGUUCUAUACCGAACUCUUUCGGUUCUUUUGUUGGCAAGGUUCCUAAUCUCUACUUGUUUAACAAUAAGCUCUCAGGAAAAGUACCAGAAUCGUUGUCAAAGUACGACUUUAACGCAGUGGAUCUGUCGGGAAACAGUUUCACCGGAGAUGGUUCGAUGUUCUUCGGACGUAACAAAACAACAAUACGUGUUGAUCUGUCGAGAAACAUGUUUGAGUUCGAUCUCUCCAAGGUUAAGUUCGCUAGGAGCAUAGUGUCGUUGGAUCUGAGCCAUAACAAAAUCUUCGGGAAGUUUCCUAGAGAGCUAAACAAGCUGCGUCUCGAGCAUUUCAACGUUAGUUACAAUCAUCUCUGCGGAAAAAUCCCAAGUGGUGGUCUCCUUCAGACAUUUGAACCAUCUGCUUUCUCUCACAAUCUCUGUCUCUGUGGGACCCCGCUUAAGGCUUGUUGAUUUGGUUUAAUGGCGUAAGAAGAAAUAAGUAGUAUGUCUUUAUCUGUAUGAUGAUGAUGUGUUAAUUAUCACGCCGCGUAUCAAGUGAAUUGUUCUAUUUAAUAAAAUUAAUGCUAAGAGUUUGGUAAGAAUGUUGUUGAGAUA